CGCGAAGGGUGGCAAGCCGGAAGUUUCGAAGAACGCACUUCCGUUUAGACCGUAGGGGGCUACACCAGUGGCGGGACGCCGAGGGUUUCCUGGUGUCUGUGGAGCCUCUGGGUUAGGCUGAGUCGUCCAGACUGCAGGAAUUCUCUUUGCUGUCCACCUGUCUCUCCCCAGUGGCUCUGGUUGGAGCCUCUGGUGCCCACCCAGCUUCCAGCUUCUGAGGAAAGUGGAGCUGCUAGCAAGAGAAACCAAGAGUAGAAGUCCAGGAGGGAUGCCAGCUGGUGUGCACUUACCCCAGAAGCCCCAGGUCCUGGGCCCAGAGGAGCAGCACAGAUCUUGUGAGAGAUUGGUGUCCUUUGAGGAUGUGACAAUGGACUUCACCAAGGAGGAGUGGCAGCAACUAGACCCUGCCCAGAGACACCUGUACAAGGACGUGAUGCUGGAGAUCUAUAGUCACCUCUUCUCAGUGGAAGAAUUUGGGCUUGAUAUCCUACAACAGGAAGUUUCUGAGAAAGCUUCAUUUCAAAAUGAUAUGGUGAGUGAAAUCACAAGAAGUGGUUCAGGGUGUUCCAUUUUAGAAGAAUUGUGGCAGGAUGCUGACCUUACGAGAGAUCAGCAAAAUCAAAUACACCACCUGAGUCAUGGGGCCUUCAUCAGCAAGAAAACAUUGAGCAUCGCGAGCAAUUGUGUACAUAAGGACCCCGGGAACAUCAUUCUCUUGAGGCUUCUCCUUGUUCCUUCACAAAAGAGACCUCUGAAGUGGUGCUCGUUUGUAAAACGUUUGAAACCUAACCUAGAAGCAAAUGUUCAAAAUCAAAGCAGUGUCACAAAACAGCCUGAAGACAUCAGUGGCUCUGGUCAGCUGCUCAUUCAUAGCUCUUCUAAUGCCAGCUGCAAGACGGUUCCUACAGAAGAGAACUUAUGCACAGGUAAUCAGUGUGGAAAAGUUCUCAGCCGUAAACAACCACUUAUGCAACAUCAGAUUCAUCUUUGGGGGAAACCAGGUGAAUGUACUGAGUGUGGGGAGGAAUUCACCCAGAAGCCACACAUCUUUACCCAGCAGAGAACUUGCAGUGUGGAAAAGCUUCAUAAAUGCAGCGAAUUUGGGAAUGCGUUUACCCCACAUCCAAAACUCAGUGUAUAUGUGACAGGCCACACAGGGAGCUCACCCUAUAUCUGUAAGGAAUGUGGGAAUGUCUUCAUUCAGAAAUCAGAAUUGGUUACCCACCAGAGGACUCACAGUAGAAAGAAGCCAUAUAAAUGCCGUGAAUGUGGAAAAGCCUUUUCCCAGAUGUUAUCUCUCUUCAGGCAUCAGAGAACUCACAGUAGAGAAAAACUCUAUGAAUGCAGCGAAUGUGGCAAAGGUUUCUCCCAGAACUCCACCCUCAGCGGACAUCAGAAAAUUCAUACUGGCGAGAGGCAGUAUGCAUGCAGCGAGUGUGGAAAAGCCUUCACCCAGAAGUCGACACUCAACCUGCACCAGAGAAUCCAUUCAGGGCAGAAGGCCUAUGUGUGUGUUGACUGCGGGCAGGCCUUCAUCCAGAAGGCACACUUGACUGUUCAUCAGAGAAGCCACACUGGAGAGAAGCCUUAUCAGUGCUGUAACUGUGGGAAAUCCUUCAUUUCUAAGUCACAGCUUGAUAUACAUCAUCGAAUUCACACUGGGGAGAAACCGUAUGAAUGUAGUGACUGUGGAAAAACCUUCACCCAAAAGUCACACCUUAACAUACACCAGAAAAUUCAUACUGGAGAAAGACACCAUGUUUGCAGUGAAUGUGGGAAGGCCUUCAACCAGAAGUCAAUCCUCAGCAUGCACCAGAGAACUCACACAGGAGAGAAGCCUCACAAAUGCAACGACUGUGGGAAAGCCUUCACAUCCAAGUCCCAAUUCAGAGAGCACCAGCGAAUUCACACAGGGGAGAAACCCUAUGUGUGCACUGAAUGUGGUAAGGCUUUCAACGGCAGGUCAAAUUUCCACAAACAUCAGAUAACUCACACUAGAGAGAGACCUUUGGUCUGUCACAAAUGUGGAAAGGCCUUCCUCCGUAAAUCGGAGUUGACUACCCAUCAAGGAACUCAUAUUGGAGAGAAGCCUUAUGAAUGCUGUGACUGUGGAAAAUUGUUCAGUAAGAAACCACAGCUCAAGGUACAUCAGCGAAUUCACACAGGGGAAAGGCCUUAUGUGUGUUCUGAAUGUGGGAAGGCCUUCAACAACAGGUCAAAUUUCAAUAAACACCAGGCAACCCAGACCAGAGACAGUGCUUACAGAUGCAGUUACUCUGUGAAAGGCUUUACCAAGAAAUCAAUUCCUAAUCCAUCAGCAUAUCUCUAGCCAAAAUGUACUCCCUGAGUUAUGUGACUAAGCAGACAUAGAGAUCCAAUUAUACAUUAAUAGUAUUAAUGCUUUAGAAAAAAAUUAGAAAUGUGUGGUCUUGUUAAGGAUUAUGAAUUUUCUCUCAGGAAGAAAUAAGACUAAUAUGUUGAGAACAGACUUUCUAUAGAAAAUGGUACAAGACACCUUGUUACCAGAUUAUUUGGUGGAAAAGUUUUAAAAAAUUUUUUCAUUUAUAAUUGCAUUUAUUGUGGGAUAUCAGUUUUUCUAAAGUGCCAGUAGCCAGGUGCAGUGGCACAUUCCUAUCAUCCCAGCUACUCAGGAGGCUGAGGCAGAAGACCACAAAUUUGAGA